AUGCUCUGCCAACAAGUGAAGUUCGAGUUCACAAUGAAGAAGACGUCGACUCUCCUCCUUCUCUACCUCUUCGGAGUUCUUGCUGUCAUGGCACUUUGUGCAUCCACAGUGGUGGCAGCCCCCCACAAGUCGGGCAGUCCAAAUGCGAAGAAGGUGCAUGAGGCGGCCCAAAAGGCGCAUGAGGAGAUGAUGGCCCAUGAGGAGAUGAUGGGCAAAAGCAUGCAUACUUCGAUGGAAGGGCACUUCAAUAUGCCAAUGCAUACAAAGAAUUCGGACGUGGCAGUGGGAAAGAAAAACCAUGAGGUGAAGAAGGAACAUGAGGCGAAUGGGGAGCAUGAGAAGGAGCAUUCCAAUAUUCCAAUGCAUGCAAGGAAGUCGGACAUGCCAGUGGGGAAGAAGGGCCAUCAGGCGAAAAUGGUACAUGAGGCGGCCCAAAAGGCGCAUGAGGAAAUGAUGGCCCAUGAGGAGAUGAAAGGCAAAAGCAUGGAUAAUUCGAAGGAAUUUCUCACAAAUAUGGUGAUGAAUGCAAUCAAGUCUAACGUUUUAGAGGGGAAGAAGGGCAAUGGGGCGGAGGAAGAACACGAGGUGAAGAAGGAACAUGAGGCGAAUGAGGAGCAUGAGAAGAAGCAUUCAAAUAAGCCAAUGCACCCAAAGAGACCAGAUGGCCCACAUGCGAAGGAGGCCUAUGAAGCGAGACUUGAAAAGUGCAAGCAAUCACCGAAGGUGGAGCAUUGUAAGAUGCUGGCUCGUUUCUUUGUCUACCACGACUGCAUGGACGCCGAGGAGUCCUGUGCCUUCGACCAUGGCAAAGAUGGCUGUAUGGAGAGUACUCUCGAGUGCAUUGAGAAUGUAGUUGGCACCGACUAG